AUGGAAAACACAUUGCCAGCUGGGAAAAUGCAGGGGAUAAUCAAGAGAGCCUCAAAAAUAUUCCAGCAAACCCGUGCUCUCCUGUGGAAAAAUAUUCUUCUGGUGUGGAGGAUGAAGACAGAAAGUUUUCAGGAAUGGGUCACAUCAGGGCUUUUUCUCUUAAUAAUACAAAUAUCAUCAGUCGGACUGUUUGACAACUUUCAUCAAGAAAUCCCUUACAGCUUCCUGGGGUGGCUGGAUGACCCAGCCUUCAAUGCCACAGGAAUCACUCUCGCCUACACCCCUGUAACAAACACCACCAGGAGAAUCAUGACCAAAGUGGCUUCAGCUUCUGUGUUGAGAGGUAUAAUAAUAGAAGAGGAGGAAAGUGAGAAGAAACUGGAAAGAAGAGGGAUUUUGGAAGGAGACGUUAUUGGUGUUGUUUUUAAUGAUGACUUCUCCUACCACCUCAGGUUUCAAAGCUACAGUGUGGUAUAUCCAAACGAUGUCUUCGAACACAUUGAUACCUGCUACAAUUACUCAUCCAGUUACUGCAAAGUGCCUUUGUACUGGUACGGAGGUUUCCUCUCCGUGCAGUCCAGCAUUGAUGCAGCAGUCAUAGAAGUGAAAACAAACCAUUCUGUCUGGGAAGAGAUGAAGUCAAUUAGCGGCGUUCGGCUGGAAUCACCCCUGUUGAAACCUGUGUAUAAACUGAAUUAUGUCUGGAUCAUCAUUUACAUGAUCUUGUGUUUCUCCCCCUAUAUGUACUUUUUAUCAGUGAAAGUUCUAAGAGAGAAAAAGAAGCUCAAGGUGUUAAUGAGAGCAAUGGGUUUGCAAGACACCGCGUUCUGGCUGUCCUGGAGCUUGCUGUACAUCUUUUACGUCUCAGUAACGUCCAUUCUGCUGACCCUGAUCACCAUCCGAGGGAUCAUCUACGAUCACAGCUUUUCUGAAAUAUACUUUUUUUACUUCUUUUAUGGCAUAGCAUCUGUUCACUUCUGUUUCAUGCUCAGCUCAUUGUUAAAGCAGCCAAAUAUUGUCAUUUUCGUGGGCUUUGCCCAUCACAUCAUCUUUGGACUGCUGGGCUUUUUGACACUGUUUGAAAAACUGCCACCUUCUGUGGAAUGGAUUUUUAAUCUUUUCAGCCCUUUCACCUUUACAGUUGGCAUCUCAAAGAUGGUAAAAUUACAAAGACACAGAUCAGCCUUUGCACCAGAAUUGCACCCUUCCUUUCACCUGUACAUCAUCCUGAGCCUUGACAGUGUCUUGUAUUUCCUCUUGGCCAUCUACUUCGAUAAGGUUUUGCCUGGCAAAUAUGGAGUACCUUACCCACCUACGUUCUUCCUGAGACCAUCAUACUGGUUCAGGCCCAGAAGCAGGUUCCUGGGGGUGGGAGCUGGUGGUGAGAGCAGCCAGGAUCCCACCCUCAGCAGCAACACGGAGCCAAUGCCUCCAGGCUUCCAUGGGAAGGAAGCAAUCAGACUAAACAAUAUUCAAAAAAUCUACAAGAAGAAGGGCAAGAGAACAGAAGCUUUAAAGGGUUUGUCCUUAAAUAUCUACGAAGGGCAGAUCACUGCAUUACUUGGCCACAGUGGAUCUGGAAAAACUGCCCUCUUACACAUGCUUGGUGGAUUUUCCAAGCCUUCAGCAGGUUCUGCAAUGAUCUACAACUACAAAGUGUCUGAAGUGCAGGAUAUGGAAGGAAUUCAGGCGAUGGUUGGGAUUUGCCCCCAGCUGAAUUUGCAUUUUGAAGCCCUAACAGUGAAGGAAAACUUGAGAACUUUUGCUCACAUCAAAGGGAUUCAUUGGAAGGAAGUAGAGCAAGAGGUGCUGAAAGUUCUGGUGAUGUUGGACCUCACUGACCUCCAGGACACCCGUGCUGAUACUCUGAGUGGGGGACAAAAGAGAAAAUUGUCCCUGGGAAUUGCAAUUCUAGGGAAUCCCCAGGUGUUGCUUUUAGAUGAGCCAACUCUGGGGUUGGAUCCCUGCUCCAGGCACCACGUCUGGAGCCUCCUGAAGGAAGGCCAGGCUGGGCGCGUGAAGCUCUUCCUGCUCUUCACCUCCCAGCCCAUGGAGGAGGCUGAUGCUCAUGCUGAUCGGAAAGCUUUCCUCUCCAAGGGGAGAUUACAGUGUGUUGGCUCAUCUCUGUACUUGAAGAGAAAAUGGGAGAUUGGCUAUCACUUAAGGAUGCAGAUAAAUGACCUGUGUGAUCCUGAGCUUGCAUCAUCCCUGGUCAGGCAGUAUGUCCCUGGUGCUGUGCUCAAGGGGCAGAAGAGAGGGGAGCUCUGCUACAUGCUGCCUCUGGAAAACACAGACAGCUUCCCAGAUCUAUUCAACCACCUUGAGAGCAGCCUUUUGCAGGGGGUUGUUAACUAUGAGGUUAGCAGGACAACCCUGGAAGAUGUCUUCCUGAAGCUGGAGGGUGAGGAAGCCAUUGGUCAAGAAGAAGAUGGAGACCUGGAGGAGAGGGCCCAGAGGCUGCAGGUGUUCUCGGAGCAGGGCAGCUUGGCAGUGAGUGGGAUGGAGCUCUGGAGGCAGCAAGUCUGUGCCAUCGGGAGGGUUCGCUUCCUCAAGCUGAAGCAAGAAGGAAAGUUCCUCAGGUCCAUAUUGCUAUUCUUUGGAAUAUUUAUUCUUCCAAUACUCACGUUUUUCUUGGGAUUCCAACUGUGGGAGACUUCCAGUGCCUGGGAAAUCUUGGCAAGCUCGUAUUUUCUUACCACUGAAGAUAAAACUCAAAUUAAGUUGACAAAUCUCCUCAUCCUCAAUGAUACAGGAUCAGAAAUUGAGGAUAUUAUCACUGCCUUGAAGACUCAAAACAUAAUGCCAGAAGUGAGUCUUGAGAAAAACAUCACAAGUAUUCCACUACACAAUGGAGCUAUAAAAAUAUCCCUGGAAGACAAGAGCUACCGAUUCACAGUCAUGUGCAGUGCAGAACCUAUCAACUGCUUCCCUACACUGAUCAAUAUCCUCAGCACCUCCCUCCUCAGGCUCUUCAACUCCACAGCUCGUAUCCGCGUCUGGAGUGACCCCUUUGACAACACAAAAAACCCAGAAAUAAGGACUGAAAUUUUUUUAUUCUGCCUAAGCUACAUGAUGAUUUUGGCUGCUGGUUUGCCACCUCAGUUUGUGGUAAGCAGCAGGGAGGAUUACAAGCUCCAGGCCCGUGCCCAGCUGCGGCUGGCGGGGCUCUUCCCCUCGGCGUACUGGUGCGGGCAGGCGCUGGUGGACGUGCCCGUCUUCUGGGUCCUGGUGUGCCUCAUGUUUGGGGUGGUGCUGCUCUUCAACCUCUUCUGCCCCUUGCAGGCCAGCAGCCUGCUGACCAUGGUCAUUUGUGCCCUUGGCUAUGGAGUCUCUCUUGUCCUCCUCGUCUACAUUAUUGCCUUUAAAUUUCGCACGGGGCGGAACAAUCGUUACAUUUGGUCUUUCAUCUUUGUUCUGGUGAAUUUCACUCUCUUUGUGUUCAGUGAACUAGGUGAAACACUUCACUUGAUCUUCUCUGUUUUGAUUCCUGUGUUUCCACUGCUGGGCUGGUUGCUCUUCUCCACACCACAUUACUCAGCGUUUCAUGAUGUGGAUCUUUCCGAGUCCUGGAAUCCCAUCUUUGUAGCUGUCUUUGCACCUUACAUCCACUGUGUGGUUUUUGCUUUUCUCCUGCGCUGUUUGGAGAUGAGAUGUGGAGAAGCUGUCACCAGACUUGACCCCAUCUUCAGGAUCCAGCAGAGGAGACCAGUUGCCCACCAGAACCGGGACCACCCUGGGGAGGAGUCCCCAGAAGUCCAGGCAGAGAGGGAGAGGGUGAGGAGCGCGAUGGGCUCCCCGCAGCCACAGGAACCAGUUAUCAUUGUCAACUGUUUGCGCAAGGAAUAUGAAGACACAAAAGCCAGUUCCAUCUUCAAGAAAAAGAAGAAAGUUGCCAUCAAAAACCUCUCUUUUACUGUCAAAAAAGGAGAAGUAUUAGGUCUGUUAGGACCCAACGGAGCUGGAAAAAGCACAACUAUAAACCUGAUUUCUGGAGAUAAAGCAGCGACUGCUGGUGAGGUGCUGCUCAAGGGCUGGGAUGCAGCUGCCUCCUCCCCCAGGCCAGGCAGGCUGGGGCUCCUGGGCUGUUGCCCACAGCAGGACCCACUCUGGCCAGACCUCACCGUGCUCCAGCACCUGGAGACCUACGCGGCCGUCAGAGGGAUGCGCAGGGAAGAUGCAGCUGUUAACAUCAGCCGCAUAGCAACAGCCUUGGAUCUCCAGAAGCAUUUAAAAACCCCAGCUAGGAGGUUAUCUGCAGGAGAAGCCAGAAAGCUGUCUUUUGCACUGAGUGUCCUGGGAGGUCCAACAGUGAUGCUUUGGGAUGAGCCAUCAGCAGGCUUGGACCCCAAGGGGCAGCACCAUAUGUGGAAAGUGAUUCAGAUGGCCAUGAAGGGCAAGGAGCAGGCAGCCAUCCUCAGCACACACGACCUGGAGGAGGCAGCAGCCAUGUGUGACCGGGUGGCCAUCCUGGUGUCAGGGCAGCUACGGUUCAUCGGCUCCCUUGAGGAUCUGAAGAGUAAGUUUGGCACAAGUUACCACCUAGAGGUCAAAGUGAAGGACACGGAGCAGAGCGAUGCCCUCCACGCCGAAAUCCUGCGCCUCUUCCCGCGCGCGGCUCGGCAAGAAAGGACAACUUCUUUGCUCACCUACAAGAUACCCAUGGAAGAUGCUCUGCCUCUGUCCCGGUCCUUCUCCAAGCUAGAAGCAGCUAAGCAGAAUUUCAGGCUGGAGGAGUACAGCUUGUCACUGCACACUCUGCAACAGGUGUUUGUGGAUCUCACCCGGGACCCAGAGGAGCACAACCCGGACCCUGUGUCUGACAGGGCUGUGGAGUGGAGACUCCUUCACCCCUGA